AUGGGAGAACGCAAGCGAAUCCCUCUCCGGAUAUUUGCGCUGUUCCUCUUCGUUUCUGCCUCUUCUUUUCAGCUUCUCCGCGCAUCCCAUGACUCUGACGACGCGAUCUUCUACGAGUCAUUCGACGAAGAUUUUGUAGACCGUUGGAUCGUGUCUCAGAGAGAUGAAUACAGUGGUGUAUGGAAACAUGCCAAGAGUGAAGGACAUGAUGAUUAUGGUCUUCUUGUCAGUGAGAAAGCAAGGAAAUAUGCUAUAGUAAAGGAACUUGAUGAGGCAGUAAGUCUCAAGGAUGGAACUGUUCUCCAGUUUGAAACUCGGCUUCAGAAUGGCCUUGAAUGUGGUGGAGCAUAUCUAAAAUAUCUCCGACCACAGGAUGCUGGAUGGAAACCUAAGGAAUUUGACAACGAAUCUCCCUAUUCUAUCAUGUUUGGUCCUGAUAAGUGUGGUGCGACAAACAAAGUACACUUCAUUUUCAAACACAAGAAUCCCAAGAGUGGGGAGUACGUUGAACAUCAUCUUAAGCAUCCACCUUCUGUCCCUUCUGAUAAAUUAUCUCAUGUGUACACCGCUAUUUUGAAGCCUGACAAUGAGGUGCAAAUUUUGAUUGAUGGGGAACAGAAGAAGAAGGCCAACUUCUUAAGUGCUGAUGAUUUUGAACCUCCUCUUAUCCCUCCCAAGACAAUCCCAGAUCCCGAUGAUAAGAAGCCUGAGGACUGGGAUGAGAGAGAGAAAAUUCCUGACCCAAGUGCUGUAAAGCCAGAUGACUGGGAUGAGGAUGCACCUGUGGAAAUUCUUGAUGAAGAAGCUGAAAAACCUGAAGGAUGGUUAGACGAUGAACCUGAGGAGAUAGAUGAUCCAGAGGCAACAAAGCCAGAGGAUUGGGACGAUGAGGAGGAUGGUGAAUGGGAAGCCCCAAAGAUUGAUAACCCAAAGUGUGAAGCAGCCUCUGGUUGUGGUGAGUGGAAGAGGCCAAUGAAGAGGAAUCCGGCUUAUAAAGGAAAAUGGCAUGCCCCACUUAUUGAAAAUCCUGCCUAUAAGGGCAUAUGGAAGCCUCGGGAUAUUCCAAACCCUGCAUAUUUUGAACUUAAAAAGCCUGAUUUUGAGCCAAUCGCUGCUAUUGGUAUUGAGAUUUGGACAAUGCAAGAGGGCAUAUUGUUUGACAACAUCUUGAUAGCUAAAGAUGAUAAAAUUGCCGAAUCAUAUCGUGAAACUACAUGGAAACCCAAGUUUUCAGUUGAGAAAGAAAAACAGAAGGAAGAGGAAUCGGAAUCUGGAUCAAAUGGUCUUGCAGGAUUCCAGAAGAAGGUAUUUGACCUGUUGUACAAGAUCGCAGACAUUCCCUUCCUGAGUGCGUAUAAGCUUAAAAUCCAUAAUCUCAUCGAGAAGGGUCAGGAGCAUCCAAAUAUCACUGUUGGAAUUCUAGUAGCCCUUAUUGUUGUCAUCGUGUCAAUUUUCUUCAGUAUCAUAUUUGGUGGCAAGAAGAAGCCCACAAGGGUGGAGAAGACAAAUGUAGAACCGGCGGAAACUGCUACUAACCAAAGGAGUGGUGAGAAUGAAGAAAACAAAGAGAAGGAAGAAUCAUCGUCUGCCCCGCCACGUCGGAGGCCAACGAGGAGAGAGAAUUAG